AGGGCCUUGGGUCGGAUUUUUCGCGAGAGAUGUCAAGGACUUCCUUCUACGAAGCAUUGGCAUAAAUAAUAAAAGCAGCCAGAUUAUUAAUUUAAAUAGUGUGUAAGCAUCAAAGCAGACCUAUGAAAGAAAUGAAAAUUCAAUUUCAAAAGUCACGUUUUGUAUAUGGUCACGUUGAAACAGAUAUUUGCCUAUAGGUAAAGGUUCCCACGAAAUGUUCAUGAAAAGAUUCGAAAAAAGCCUAGUACAGUAAAAAUAUAUAUCGGAAAACCAUACAUGACACCCAAGAUAGAAUUGUAUUAGAAAAAGUUGGAAAAAGCAGCUAAAAUGGAGAUAUUACGACUCCAGUUAGUAAAAUUCGUUCUUUCUUUUGAUAAUGGCGUAUGAGACUAUAGAAUUCCAGUUCAUUUAGCCUUAAGUUUUCACGUCAAUGCUAUCAUUCAAAGAAAAUUGUAGUUAAUAUUUCUGCAACAUUUUUUGACGCUGUAUGUAUACAAUUGAAAACCUGUAGAACUACUACUGAUUUCAUUCUACUCGAAUUUUGAGGCAUGUGUACAUAUAUAUUUGUAUGAUAUUCACUCAACUCGUAUGCCCUACACAUCUUGGGCGACGAAUUCACCUCAAUGUAAUUCCAUUCGGGGCUGCUUAUCGUUGCUGAAAAUGAAUGAAGCCCAGACGGCAGUUCGAAAAAACUGACACUCGCUUUGCGGAGUAUGUAAUGUACACAUGUAUGGCGACGACGCGUUUCUUAGGAAUGUUCUGAAUAUAAUAUCUUUUUGUAUAGAUAUGGGAAAGUAAUAGUAUCAAUUUACUGAUGUCGCAUUACUCCUUGACUUUGAACCAAGAGAAAACGCCUUCAGAUUCAAGGCUACAGCAAAACACCUUCAAAAUUACCGGUUUUGAUGGCAUACAUGUUGCAGAUUGUGUGAUGCCAGUUCGAUCUGCUAAUCCGAUACGCGCUAAAAGUUUAAUCCGGCAUAAUUUGGAGAAGUCAAACACUUAUUCGAAUCAUCUACAAUCCAGAAUGCCGAAUAUUAAAGUGUUUUCGGGAACUUCGCAUCCGGAUUUGGCCCAGCGCAUUGUCGACCGAUUGGGAAUCGAUUUAGGCAAAGUGGUUACGAAAAAGUUCAGCAAUUUAGAGACGUGUGUCGAAAUUGGGGAAUCGGUAAGAGGCGAAGAUGUCUACAUUGUUCAAUCAGGAUCAGGUGAAAUCAAUGACAACCUUAUGGAAUUGCUGAUUAUGAUCAAUGCAUGCAAGAUUGCUUCGGCAUCGCGGGUAACUGCUGUAAUUCCUUGUUUCCCUUACGCACGACAAGACAAAAAAGAUAAGGUAGUCAUUUACAGCCGUUCGGAAUUAAGUAAAAAAGAGACUGGAGAAGAAUCUAGACAAUGGAAACUUUUAAAGUACAACGAAUGGAAAUUUAGGAGUCGUGCCCCCAUUUCGGCAAAAUUGGUGGCGAACAUGUUAUCCGUUGCUGGUGCAGAUCAUAUUAUCACAAUGGACUUGCAUGCAUCUCAAAUUCAGGGAUUUUUUGAUAUUCCCGUGGAUAAUUUGUAUGCAGAGCCAGCUGUUCUGAAGUGGAUUAAAGAAAACAUUCCGGAAUGGAGGAACUCAAUUAUAGUUUCACCCGAUGCUGGUGGUGCUAAGAGAGUUACCUCCAUAGCUGAUAGAUUAAACGUUGAGUUCGCUCUUAUUCAUAAGGAGAGAAAGAAGGCCAACGAAGUAGCAUCGAUGGUGCUUGUUGGUGAUGUAAAAGACAGAAUUGCCAUUCUAGUUGAUGAUAUGGCUGAUACAUGUGGUACGAUAUGUCAUGCAGCUGAUAAGUUGAUAGAAGCUGGGGCAACAAAGGUCUACGCCAUCUUAACGCACGGGAUAUUCUCCGGACCUGCCAUAUCGCGUAUUAAUAACGCUUGUUUCGAAGCCGUUGUCGUCACAAAUACUAUACCACAAGAUGGCCAUAUGCGGGAUUGUCCUAAAAUUCAGUGCAUUGACGUAUCAAUGAUGUUUGCAGAGGCUGUGCGGCGGACACACAAUGGCGAAAGUGUGUCCUAUCUCUUUUCAAAUGUUCCAUAUUAAAACUAUGUUUUUCUUUUUCUUUAAUAUUAUUUUACGUUCAUGAAAUUUUUUAUUACUGAUUUUUGUAAAAAAAAACACUGAUUUUGUUUUGAUUUAGAAACGAUCAAUUAUCCUAUAUUAUACAUAAAAUCAUACGAUGUUAUUUGGUUAGAUGCUAUGAAGCAGAAGAGAUAAGAAUUACGGAUAUUAAGAAUGUAUAAGAGAAUGUGCUAGUAAAAUUGUAAAUUUUCGGUCAACCUUUUAUCAUUUAUUGUAAAACGACUGGGAGACUAAACUUCAGAACCUAUGAAGUAAAAGCACAUAUAUUUUUUAUUGUAAUAAUAAACAUUUUUAGAUUAUAAAAAUGCUACUAAAUAAAACACCAUCCAUCUAGAAAUCA